UCUACUGGAAAACUUAACCUUAAUUACUGCGAUAAUAACAUAACAAUUCAUUUCAUCUUUUCAAUGUUCAUAAUGAACGAAAAGAAUGCUUUCGUACUUAAUAUAACAUUCUUAGUAAUUAUAACUGUGUGUUACGGUUACAAUUAUACAGACAAUAUUGACGACUUCUUCCGAAAUAAACACACCAAUAACUGGGCGGUACUAGUCGAUACGUCCCGAUUUUGGUUUAAUUAUCGUCAUGUUUCGAACGUGCUGUCGAUUUACAGAAGCGUAAAACGUUUAGGUAUACCAGACAGUCAGAUCAUCCUCAUGAUCGCGGACGAUAUGUCGUGCAAUCCGAGGAAUCCUCGACCUGCAACGGUUUUUAAUAAUGCAAAUCAGCACAUCAAUGUAUAUGGAGAUGAUGUAGAAGUGGAUUAUAGGGGUUAUGAAGUAACUGUAGAAAACUUCGUAAGAUUGCUGACAGGACGAUUGCCACCUGGCACACCACGAUCUAAACAAUUGCUGACUGAUGAAGGCAGCAACAUUUUAGUGUAUUUAACAGGCCAUGGUGGAGACGGAUUUCUAAAAUUUCAAGAUUCAGAAGAGAUAACCAGUCAAGAAAUGGCUGAUGCUUUAGAACAAAUGUGGCAAAAGCAAAGAUACCACGAAUUAUUUUUUAUGAUCGACACUUGCCAGGCCGCUUCUAUGUAUGAAAAGUUUUAUUCGCCAAAUAUUUUAGCGGUUGCAAGUAGUUUAGUUGGAGAAGACUCCUUAUCGCAUCAUGUAGAUCCGGCAAUUGGAGUGUACAUAAUUGAUCGCUAUACUUACUAUGCCUUAGAGUUUUUAGAAAACGUAGAUCCUUUUAGCAAGAAAACUAUUGGAGAGUUUUUAACUGUAUGCCCAAAGAGAGUGUGUAUUUCUACAGUUGGUAUAAGAAAAGACCUGUUUAAAAGAAAUCCACAUGAUGUUCCUGUAACUGACUUUUUUGGAUCUGUUAGACCUGUCAAGUUGCUUUCCAGUACUUCAACAGAUACAAAUAUAUCAAUAAGUACAACAAAGAAAGUCAUUUCUCUAAAUAAAAGUCAUUAUAAAUAUGUACCUGCAUUAAUUAGUUUUAAGAAAUAGAUAUAAAGUUGUAGAGAAUGUCAAUUGUAGGUAUUUUAUUUAUAUUUUAGUGCAUAAAGCUUUUAAUGAUUA